AUGCGAGCCGCACAGAUUAUAGAGUACAACAAGCCUUACCAGCUUUGCGAAGUACCUGUUCCAGAAUGUGGGGACCAUGACCUUCUGGUUGAAGUCUUCGCCGCAGGCUUCUGCCACUCCGAUGUUCAGGUACUACAGGGACAAUUCGUAGCUGAUCUACCCAUGAUACCCUCACAUGAGCCUGCUGGUAGGAUCGUAAAAGUUGGCUCGCAGGUACAGGAUUCAUGGAAAGUUGGAGAUCGAGUGGGCGUGCUCAAUUUCAAGAAUGCUUGUAGGACCUGUGUAGGAUGUCUCCAGCAUCUACGUAGGCAUUCCAAAACAGACCCACGUUUCUGUCAGAGAAGACAGAUGGCUGGGUUCAAACACGAUGGAGCAUUUGCACAAUAUAUGCUAGCUGACCCUGAGACGACGAUUCCUCUUCCCGAUGGAAUAUCAUUCGAGCAGGGAGCACCCCUUAUGUGCGCAGGUGCGACUGCUUGGGGCGCGUUGCAGAAGUUGCUACCGGAUGUCCAGCCCGGUGAAGCCGUUGCUGUUGCCGGCAUUGGAGGUGUAGGUCACCUUGCAAUUCAAUUGGCAAAAGCUAUGGGUUUCAAAACUGUAGCUAUCGACAAUCGCGAUGAAGGUUGUCAAUUGGCGUCUGACCUGCCGGCUCAUUUGCGACCCGACCAAGUGGUGAACUCCUCACACGCUGAUGCCCACAAAACGAUACUUGACUUCACAGCCGGCGAAGGCUUGGCUGGCAUAGUAGUCUGUAUGGACUCUGUUGAAGCAAACGCCUGGUGUGUCCAACAGUUGGGGGCUCGGGGUGUGAUGGUACCAUUGGGACUGCCGAAAGAGAAAUGGCGUUUCGAUUCUGAGGCAAUGGUUUUCAACGAACUUACAAUUCGCGGUAGCUAUGUCUCCAGCGCCGAGCAGGUAAAGGAUAUGCUGGAAAUAGUUGCCGAAAAGGACAUUAGAUCGCAUCUUACCAUUCUCGACUUUGAUCAAAUUCCCGACGUUGCGGAGGCAUUUGCGGAUAAGUCUAGAAAAGGCAGACUGGUUAUUAGAAUAGGGAAAGACAACACAAAUUGA